GCCCCGAGCUCCUCCUAGCCGUGGGGGCCUGCCUCCGCGCCCCUCACAACCGCUGUGGUCUCGCACCCGUUCUCCCUCUAGCGUUCGGCACGACCGUCCUCUGCACUACCCUCGAGCCUCCCUCUCCCAGGUGCCCUCUGCCCUGCCCCUGAGUUCCCCGCGAGCCGCCCUGGGUCCCGCUCCCGACGCCCCGGACUCGAGGCGGCGGAGGCCGUUCCCUGACGGGCCACGGGGUUCUCGGGUGCCGUGUCGGGGCUGAGCACGGUGACACUGCUUACCCGAGUCCUUCCGCAUGCUGAUCGUAUGGAACCUCAAUGUCUUUGCGAUAAUGGAAAGCAAAAAAUUGAUUGGUAAAUCACUUCGACCAGCAAGACCUGUUCGUCAUCUGACUUCUUCCUCUGGAACAGUAUUUCCUUUCAACUUUCAAAAUGAACAUCCAUGCAACACUCAGUACUUACAACGUGGAGUCAGCAGAAUGAAUGGAAUGCAAGCCUUUUCUCAGUGCCUGAAUGACCAACAGCAACAUCAGUCUCCAGUUAAGAAGGAGAGAAUUAAAUACAGCAGAGAAUUCCUGUUGAAGCUCUCAAGUGUUUCCAUCUGCAGGAAAAAACCAGACUUUCUGCCUGAUCAUCCUGUUGUACUUCAAAAACCAGUGAUUUCUCCACAAUUUAGUUGCAAUUCCAGUUUGGUCCAAGAGGAGGAAACCAACAAAAAUUUUAAGGAGCAUUUUAAGAACAGAUGAAUUUGAAGAUAAUUAUUUGUUUUAUGUUUGGACACCUGCAAAUGAAGUGAACCUAGUAACAAUAAUACUAAUGGACUGUGACAAUUCAAUUUAUUCUUCAUUUUGAUGGCUGGGUACUUGAUUUCUUCUAAAAUGAGAGGGAGAUAUGUUAAACUAUAAAGAACUUUCUAAUAAGUUUCCGUUUUGCAGGCAGUCCUGAAUAAAUUGGGAAUUAACACAAGUAAAAAUGUGGUUUGUGACAUAGGAAGAUUGUGUAUUUAUAAUUUGCAUGCUACUUUCAUGGGUUUUUUUUUUUUUCAUCACUUGUAAUAAUGGAAUGGAAAUGUAAGCUGUAAACAUUCUCAAAUAUAAAGUAUUUGGUGUGAUGUGUAUAUGGCACAUAAUUUCUUUUUACUGAAGUUGCUGUUGUUUUGAUUCACUGAUUUCAGGCCAGCACUUGACUGAUCUUUACAGUCUCUGCAGAGGUCUAGGCUGAGUCAGGAUGUUCAGAGUGGAGUUCUCAGUGAUAUAAGGAAGAAUACUUUUCUUUUCAACUAUAUGAUUUAUCUCUAGGUUUUGAAUAACAUUGUUGAAAAUUCAUAAUUACUAGCAAAUACUGACAGCUUGGAAACAAUGGUGAAUGAAACUGAAGAUGAAAAAUGUCACUGAUCUGACCCCAUGAACAAAAGUAAUUGCAAAAUACAUUAUUUCCAAAGAGGAGAAAUUUAGACAUUUGUAAAUUUUUAAGAUACAUUAAGAUUCAAUUCUAUAAUUCCUUAUAACAAGAAUAUGUAUGGAUGAAGAAUUUUGGGGCUUAAACUUCAAGCUCCUAGAACUUUAAUACAAUCUGUUGGAAUUUGUCAUUCUGAAUGUUACUAUUUCUAAAAAAUAGUUUUCUUCCAAGA